AUGCAGGACAUACCCUGGAAGAACCACAGCUUCGUGUCUGAGUUCAUUCUUCUAGGUUUCUCCAGGGACUCCCAAAUUAAUAUAAUCCUCUUCAAUAUCUUCCUCUGCUUAUACCUCUCUACACUUGGAGGCAAUGGACUCAUCGUCACCUUGAUCUUUCUGGACUCCCGCCUCCACACACCCAUGUAUUUCUUCCUCAGUGUACUCUCUAUGCUGGACAUGAGUUAUGUUACCACUACUGUGCCACAAAUGUUAAUACAUCUGCUUUCAGAGAAGAAAUCUAUAUCCUAUGUUGGAUGCGUGGCUCAGAUGUUUAUCUUCCUGGUACUGGGCAUCACUGAGGGCUGGCUCUUCUCCAUCAUGGCCUAUGAUAGGUAUGUGGCCAUUUGCUAUCCACUCAGGUACAAGGUCAUCAUGAGCCCAUGUUUGUGUGGGAUAAUGGUGGGCUUUUGUGGUCUCUGGGGUGUCAGUUGCUCCCUAGUCUACACUGUCUUCACCAUGCGCCUACCUUACUGUGGCCCCAAUGAGAUCAAUCACUUCUUCUGUGAGGUGCCUGCUAUUCUGAAGCUGGCCUGUGCAGACACAUCCCUCAAUGAUCGAGUAGAUUUUAUCCUGGGUUUCAUACUUCUCCUUGUACCUCUGUCCUUCAUUCUGGCUUCUUAUGUUCGUAUCUUUGCUGCCAUUUUGAAAAUCCGCUCAACCCAGGGUCGACUCAAAGCUUUUUCCACCUGUGCUUCCCACAUCACUGUAGUCACCAUGUUCUGCGGACCUGCCAUGUUUAUGUACAUGAACCCUGGGGCUAAUGCUUCCCCGGAGCGGGACAAGAAAUUGGCCUUAUUCUACAAUGUCAUCUCUGCCUUCCUCAACCCCAUAAUUUACAGCCUCCGAAACAAAGAUGUGAAGAGAGCUUUUCUCAAGGUAACAGGCUGGGGUAGAGCUCCUGAGUGA